AUGUUGUUAAUCAAACGCUCCUUUAAAGUCAUCAACAAACUCCCCAAUCGGACUCUCUUCCACCCUUGUCGUUCAUUCACAACAUCCCGUCCUCUGUGGACCCCAGCAAAACAAGAUACCACAGCCAAAAAAGGCGCGAGUAAAUCCCGCUCGAGACCUUAUCAUCGAUGGAGUCCGGAGGAAGAGGCUCUUCUCUUGAAACUUCGCGAAGAGCGACUCGGCUGGACAGCUGUUCAGGCCAGGCUUCCAACAACUCGUUCCAUUGCCGGCUUGAUCGACAAAUACGGUUCCAUUGCACCCAGAGGUGAUCAGGGUCGAUUUCUACACACACCUCGCUAUACCGACGCGGAGCGGGCGUUGAUCACGAAGCUUCGCAACGAAGGUCUUUCGUGGCAGGAGAUCCAAAAGCGGCAUUUCCCGACCCAUUCUGCGCGGAAUCUUGCGUGCACCUACAGUUCGACUCGUACAGCUCGCGGAAACGAUGUUUUCGUUUAUCGCCUUUGGAGUAAGGAAGACGUGGAGAAGUUGCUUUUGUUGAGAGAGGAGAGAAAGAUGGGCUAUCCCGAGAUUGCGGUGGCAAUGGGAAGAACUAAUGCUUCUGUCAAAACCAAGUAUCGUGACCUGUCCAAGGCCAGAGAAAUGAGAUUGGGGAGUCAAGGCAGAGGGUAUGUGAGGGUGAAGAGCCGCCUUCACUGGCCAGACGAAGACGAAGCCAGAUUGGUGGAGAUGAUCACACAAGGCGCCACAAAUAAAGAGAUUUGUGCGACCUGGCCACGACGGAAACCCAUCGGAAUCGGCCGAAAAAUACUCGAAAUCAAGAAGAGGAUUGGAUUGUCCGAGCCUCCCAAGGUAAACCCAGUUGAUAAGAAGUCGUUGGCGAAGAUGACGAAGUUGAAAGCGCAAGGAGCGACUUGGAAAGAGAUUGCGGACAUGAUGUCGGAAUUCACUCUCGCUGAGUUGCAGUAUGCCUAUCAGCGAGACGUGGCGCGUAGAAGGAAAGCGGACGCAGAGGAAAACGUGGCGAAGGCGUCAAAGAAUGGAGAGUGA